AUGGCUGCAAAAGAUCUUGUCACUAAAGGUCUUAGACGAACAAUAGGAACAGGGGAAUAUACACUGGUUUGGCAAGACCCGUGGAUACCGGAUGAGACCGCCAUGCCUCCUACGAUAACACUUGGUUAUGAUCCGAACCCGAGAGUGUCUGACCUAAUCGAUCCUAUUCUUUGUGGGUUUCUUGGAUACAACAUUACCUCUUGCAAGAAAGCUCCUUUUGGGAUGUUAGAGAUGAUUCGAACGGAUCUUGGAUAUGGCGGAAACUACUGCAGUUGCGCCCCCCUGGCUUAUCAGUUCUUUAGGUUUGAGAUAGGCAAUGGAAGAAGGGCUUUUUUCUGGUUCGAUGGCUGGUUUCAUGUGGGGAAAAUAAUCGACAUUACUGGAGCUGUUGGUACACGCUAUCUUGGCCUUAGACGGAAAGCGCGGGUAUGUGAAGCAGUCUCAAACUCCCAGUGGAACGUAAGAGACCAGCGGAGUAGACACUAUCACAACUUGCAUACGAUAAUACAUGACGUACCAGUUCCUGCACUUGAGCUUGGUGAGGAUGUGAUCCUUUGGCGGCACUCAGAAGAUGAUUAUCACGAUAGCUUCUCUGCUAUUAAGACGUGGCAUCAGAUUCGACAUAAACGAGAUGAAGUUAAAUGGAGCACCAGCAUUUGGUUAGCUCAGGGGGUACCGAGGUUUGCAUUCAUAACCUGGUUGGCAGUUCUGAACAGACUUGCUACUGGCGAUCGAAUGCGAGCAUGGGGUCUUCAUCAGGAGUGUGUUCUAUGUGGUGAGAAUGAUAAGACGCGCAAUCAUCUAUUUUUUGGCUGUCCGUACUCAUACACACUGUGGGACAAACUGGCUAGCAGAUUGAUUGGUCCUGGAAUCAACCCUGAUUGGAAUGAUAAUCUGAUGAUGCUUCAGACAAGGCGCUUUACUAGAGUGGACAAAGUUCUUGUGUGUCUUCUGUUUCAGGCGACUAUAUACCACAUAUGGAGAGAGCGGAAUGCUAGACGACAUCACAAAGGGCCUCAGACACUGGAGCAGGUGAUAAAACUGACGGAUAAAGCGAUAAGGAACAGGAUCUCAUCUCUUAAAUAUGCAGGGGAUCAUAAGUUAGGUGGUCUUAUGAGUAGAUGGUUUGAGAUUAAUGGCAUUUAG